GUGCUUUCUUGCCCAUCCUGUUGCAUCGCUUGAUGUCGUGCAGACUUUUUUUGGCGAGGAUCGGGCGCACAGCCAGCAUCUCCCGCAGGCAGAUGACCACACAGGCCAGCGCUGCACCUUCGUUCCACGUCUUGCAAUACAAGUACGUGCCAGACAUCCUGGAAAAGAGGACUCCUUUCCGAGAAGCACACCUCUCCAAGGCAGGCGAGAAGGCAGCUCAGGGCCGCAUAGUGCUGGGUGGGGCAUUAGCUGAGCCAGUGGACAGUGCUCUAUUUGUAUGGAAGAAUUCUACAACUGAGGAGAUUGAGGAGUUUGUCAAAGCUGACCCUUACAUAUUGAAUGGUCUCGUCACGGAUUGGUCAAUUCGGCCAUACAUGGUCAUGAUUGGGCAAUAAUUGCGCUCCAAUAUGCACAUGCAUGUGGAGCAGAGAUGAGACAUGUCAGUGUAAUUAUCACAGAAUGCUCGGCAGGCUAGACCUGGGUCCAGAUCUGGCGCACCUUCAAGGUUGCAAGUUGCCAUUCAGUCAAAAUCACUUGAAUUGCAUUGCAAUGCUAGAUGUGCAGUCUUUGCUAGCCGUGGCUGGCCAGGAGUUCAGCCUUCAUGCCAAUUGCCCAGCCACGCGGAUGGCCAAUCUGUGGGAGUUGCAGGCCCUUCAGAUACGUAAUUUGAGUGAGACUGGCAACGUAUGCUCAUUCAAGUGCUAUGGAUCUGACAGCUGCUAGGCUCAGUGAAGGCUCUGUACAUGUGCAUGAGCAGCAGU